GUCUGGGAAGCAGUUGACAGCAGUCAAGAGCAGGCCGAAGUGGGUAAACAAAACAAACAUUUUUUUUGUUAAAUAGCGAAAACAACCCAAAGGUUUGAUCUACUUUUAUAUCCGAAGAAUGUGUAACAUUGUUCUGAAGGGGUUUGAAGCCCGUUAAAGUGAAAAGUCGUUAGCAAAGAGAGGGCGUGCACCUGUCUAAGCUAAAUAGGUUAACCUAGCUAGCUAACGUCUGUCGUUGAGCCCGCUCAGGUUAGCUAGCUAGCUAGCUGGCCAGCCAUGUCGUCCCCCUCCUCCUCCAGGCGCCAGUGGUGCUACCUGUGCGACCUGCCAAAGAUGCCGUGGACUGUGGUGUGGGACUUCAGCGAAGUGGUUUGCCGUGGCUGCGUAAACUACGAGGGAGCUAAUCAGAUUGAGUUCCUUAUAACGAAUGCCCGACAGCUGAAACGAACUCACGGGAUGCAGGACGGUAACGUCAGGUCACCUGGUCCCUCGCCCAAUAAACACGGCACAUCUGGAAGAGGAGAUGCGGACGGAGGCAGGCAGCACAUGGACCGCUACGACAGGGGAGGAAGAGGAGAAAGUACCGUGUCUGCUAUUCGUGUGCCGCCCAACGGGCUGCACCGCGACGGCCAGCAGCCUCAAGAAUUGAACCGUCAGAGCCCCAGCGGCAGCCGAAGACCCAUGCUAGGCGCUGCCAUCCCUCCUAAUCUAGUGACUCAGAGUAUUGCAGGGAUUCCCCAUGGGUUACUUACGGGCAUGCCGGCGGGUCUAACCGCCAGGACAGCCCCCAUGAGCAGCCCCAUGAUCUUCCCUGCCCCGGUGCUGGCCGAGAUGAGCCGCAGACAGCUGGGGAUAGGGAUGGGGAUAGCUCCUUUUAUCACUCCGGAGCUGGAGCGAGAGCUCAGUUCGUCCCAGAAUCAGCCCAAGAUGCAGACACAGAUCCACACUGCUGUGGCUGGCAGCAGCGCCAGUAAGAGUACAGGCAUCCCUUCUUCUACCUCGACCCUGGCUGGAGGUGUGAGCCAGACCAGCCCCAAGCCUGCCUCAUCACCAGCCAGGCAGCCACGGCCCCUAACUGCGAGGUCCGGAGGGGAGCCCCUGGGAUCCAGCACCUCAGCAGAGGCUGCCACCACAGCUGCAGCGUUACCCCACAGCGGUGCCUCUGAGCUGGGAUCAGCAUCUGCCAGCAACACUCAUUCAACUGGAAACACUCUAUCCUGCACCUUGUGUCAUGAGAGGCUGGAAGACACACACUUUGUUCAGUGUCCAUCAGUGCCUGGGCAUAGGUUCUGCUUCCCCUGCACCAGAGUGUACAUCCAGAGCCGGCGGGGCGAUGGGGAGGUGUACUGCCCCAGCGGAGAGCGCUGUCCACUGGACAACUCUCCCAACAGUCCCCCUUGGGCCUUCAUGCAGGGAGAGGUAUCCACCAUACUCGGCACUGCCGGAGCAGGAGCUGCAUCAGCUGCUGCAUCUGGAGCCGGGAACGGGCCUGGAGCUGCGGCUGCGUCCGGGGCCGGGAGCGGAGCGGCCAGCGGAGCGGGAGCCGCCAGCGGAGACGUCACCGUCAAGAAAGAGAGAGAGACGUGAUGAUGGCUUCCAUGGAAACCAGACCAGGAACCAGUACAGCAACAGAGUUGAAUCGCAUACCAGAAAGAGACGUCUGCAAUGGAGCUCUGAGAGAUCCAGAAGAGAAGCAACACAGUUCGGAAAACCUCCAUUGCACAGGUCUUGACUCCAACUACUAACACCACCCAAUUCUAUCAACAUUAUCAGACCUAAAAUUGCCUUUUGAUGUACUGUUGGAAUCAGAUAUUCAGGGCCAAUCAACAGCUGAACAGUGGCUACUUUUGUAGUGUUAGUAGUAGUUGUGCCAGUAGAAACAACUGGGCUGCGUUUCAAAAGUGGUUCAACAUGCUCUCGUUCACUUCCCCUAAGCACUUGCUCUCGGGGGGGGGGUAAUCCCCACCGCCAUCUUAAGUGUCGCUCCAAUCGUCUAAAAAAACAGGAGGGGGCUUGGUGAGAUCGAGCGAGUGAAUAACGAUGGUCACUCCAGAGGUGGACAUCACCCACAAGUCAUUACAGUUAUGCAUUUGGGGCAAAAAAAAUAGAUUGAUGGUUAGGUGGCAGUAAUGUACAACCGUUAUAACUCCUGUUGCUGACCACCAAAGAAGGAGAAGAUGAAAAAAUACAUUUCAACUUUUUAGUUUCCUCAUUGUUAGCUCGAUAUUUUACUGAAACAUGUCAAUUUACUUUAUACAUUUUAUUUACAAGAUAGUUGUAUGUGUGAUUUCUUCAAUUCCAACCUUAUCUGUAAAUGCGUGGAAGAAACUCUGUUUUUGCGAGAUGUAAGCAUUAAAAUGGUAAAUGAUACAGAUCACACUUUUCUAAAUAUGAAACUCGUGCAGCUGAUUACCAAGCCUCAUUGAAAUGAAUCUGCAGGUAUUUAUGAUGUGUGAAAAGCAGUAAUAAUACUUUUUUAUAAAUAAUAUUUGUAUUGCGCCUUUCGUACAAGAAAUAGGCCUGCUGUACAAUAAGGAAAUUGCAUGACAUAAGCAGACAUGGAAUGAACAUAAAACGGGGAUAUAAAGCCAUAAUUAAUAGAAAAUAAGAUGGGUAAUAAAACACACUUGAAGCAGUAGCGCUAAGCCUACAACUGGCGGUCGAUCCGUAUAGUUUGGGCUGAGAGUUAACGGGGGCAGGUGUGUUCCAUUUCACUGCCCCUGCCCCGCCCACUUUCCCUCUGCUCUCCAAGUGGCCGCCUUGCGACAUAUGCUAUGACGACCAAGGGCUGAGCGAAUUGAAGGAGGGCAUGUUAAAAAAAAUAAACUAAUGAAACGCAGCCCUGAUCAUGCCCACAUUAGCACUGCCAGCUAGCUACUGUUAGCAGCUGGACACAAACGGGCUGAAGCCACACGUAGACUACACCAGUCUUUUCUCACUUUUCUACAAACAAAAAUCUACACCACCAUUGCAAUCUUUUGAAAGAUUUCGUAAUCGCAUAAACAACUGUCACACUUGAAUAUGCACCUUAUGAAACAACCAGUGCCAACAGGACUACUGAAAUGUCUCCAUUUCUCUUAUCUGGCCACCAGUGUAUUCAUAUUUUAUUUAUUUGGUUUUAUUUGCUAAUGGUAGCCUGUUAGCAGAACUAAUAUAGGGAUGUUUUUAGUUUCAAAUGAUCCUUCUCAAACUCACAGAAAGUAGCCACGCUCCAGUGUUUACUUCAACAAUACACUCAAUACUGUGUUUGCACGGGAAAGCACAGAAAGCUUGUUUUGACAAAUCCAACACAAAUGUUGAAAUGCUAAAAACAGUGGCCACGGUUGUCCUGUAUCUUUCCUGUUUGAUGAACAAACUUUGGCCGGCAGCUUGCAGCAGGAGGUCAGAUAUCAGACUGUUGGCAGAAAAACACAAGCUGUUCGGAGUUGAAACAAGUUGGAACUCGCCAUGCCAUUUUCUCUGCCAGUGCUUGGUCUAAUAAAAUCUUCGUGCUUCUACAACUACGAUUAACAUUAACAACUGACACGACACUGACAGUUAUCGUGACAAAGUGUACCUUAAAUUUCAAGUUAUUUGUAUUGUUUUGACUGUAUCUGUGUCCUGAUGCGCAAUCAGAUUGUUUAAAAA